AACCGGGAACUACUUUCCACAAGUAAUGCAGCACAAGCACAAAACAUCUUCUAAACCCUAAAAACACAAAACCCUCAAACAAAAAAAUCACUACUACUGUGCUACAUACAUUACUCGAACUUGAACUAGCAGAGCAAAGCCACUCUCCUCAAACUCUCCCAUAUCCCCUAAAAAAAAAUGUCCUCUUCCAUUCCUCUCCGUCAUCUUCGCCACCUCUGCACCACCACCCCCACCCCCACCCCCACCAAUUCCGCCCCAAUCUCCAUUUCCAGAGCCAAAUCAAAACUCCGAACCGAGUACGACCCUGACAAAGCCUUGGAAAUCUACUCCUCUGUUUCCAAACACUACUCCUCCCCCACCUCCUCCCGCUACGCUCAAGACCUCACCGUCCGCCGCCUCGCAAAGUCUCGCCGCUUCGCCGACAUCGAGUCCCUCAUCGAGUCUCACAAGAAUGACCCCAAGAUCAAAGAGGAGCCUUACUUGUCAACUUUGAUUCGAUCCUACGGCCGAGCUGGCAUGUUUGACCACGCCAUGAGGACCUUUGACCAAAUGGACGAGUUGGGUACUCCGAGAUCGGCGGUUUCCUUCAAUGCCUUGCUAGCGGCUUGCAAUCAUUCCAAGAUGUUUGAUAAAGUCCCCCAACUGUUCGAUGAAAUGCCUAAGAGAUACAGGUUUUCGCCGGAUAAGAUUUCGUAUGGUAUUUUGGUUAAGUCCUAUUGUGCAGCUGGUUCGCCUGAGAAGGCGGUUGAGAUUUUGAAGGAGAUGGAGGAGAAGCGGGUGGAGAUAACAGCGGUCACGUUUACAACCAUAUUGGAUGCUUUGUACAGGCAGGGGAAGAGCGAGGAGGCUGAGAAAUUGUGGGAUGUGAUGGUGAAGAAGGGGUGUGAGAUUGAUGUCGCGGCAUAUAAUGUGAAAAUUAUGUAUGCCCACGGUGGUGACCCAGAGAAUGUGAAGGCAUUGAUCAAUGAGAUUAGUAAUGUGGGGUUGAAACCUGAUACGAUUAGUUAUAAUUACUUGAUGACUUGUUAUUGUAAGAGUGGGAUGAUGGAUGAGGCCAAGAAGGUUUAUGAGGGGUUGGAGGAAAAUGGGUGUAAUCCAAAUGCAGCCACAUUUAGGACUUUGGUAUAUUAUUUAUGUAGGAAUGGGGAUUAUGAGAAGGGGUAUAAGGUUUUCAAGGAGAGUGUGAAGGUGCAUAAGAUUCCGGAUUUUGCAACGAUGAAGAAUUUGGUUGAAGGUUUGGUGGAAAAGAAGAAGAUGAAGGAGGCAAAAGGAUUGAUACGGACGAUUAAGAAGAAGUUUCCACCGAAUGUUGUUAAGACAUGGAUAAAGUUUGAGGAGAAGCUUGGUUUGGCUUCUGUAGAUGCUGGUCCUGACGAGGAUGAUGAAGAGGCUGCAGCAUAAGCAUUUGUGCAUUAUUGUUUUGGUUAUUGAGUUGGAUGUGUUUGUAGCUUGAUCUAUAGUUGCAAAUGAUUCAAUUUGAUUAAUUUUGAGUUUUAUGGAUAUGCUGAUUGGCAAUUUUAGUUUGUUGAUUGGCUCUGGAAAUUUAAUUCUGUUAAGCUGUUUUGACCUGCGAAUAGGUGUAAAAGCUUCAAUAUAAUUAAACAUCUAGUGAUAGUUUUUGUUCCUCUUUGCCGGGCUAAUAAUUUGUAAUAAGUGUUUUUUUCCCCUUGUUCUUAGGUUGAAGUUCUUUUUUGUCAAUGGCAAUGAGCUUCACAAUGCUCUGUUUGAUGUUAGUUGUAUAUUGUUGUCUCUCUGUCUAUACCUUCGCUCAUUUCUUCUCGCUAGUCGUUACUUUUGUUCCUCCAGCUUUGCCAGGCAUUGUAUGUCUCAAAAUCUUGACAAGCUUGUUAUGCCAUUGUUGCGGCUUUAACAAGAUCUGUUUAGCAUGGUGGGGGAAAGAAGCCACUGUUCACUCUGGUACAAGGCAGUACUCUGUAUGAUAAAACUUACUGUUAGAUGUGCUAACCAUCAACCUAAACCCAAGUGAGAGAAUGAUUGUUGUAUACACAGCAGCAGACUGCAUUGCAGUUAUAGGUUCAUUCACUAAUUUCCUUGGUUUUGCCGAAGCUCAUGUUACAACAAGGUGCAGUGGCCACCAAAAAUUGUAUCUCUAACUCCGGUGAUUUCUACAGAUGAACUCAUAGAUGAUGAUGAUUAUCAAGACAUCUUGGAAGACAUGAGAGAGGAAUGCAGAAAAUUUGCUUUUUUGUAGUCCCACAUUCUGCUUUAAAGAAUCAGGCCUAAUUUACACAAACAGAAGCCUCCAUAACCUUCUAUCUUUGUUCCCCUAAAAAUGUUCCUUUGUCCAUUUUGAUAGAUUUUAUGCAUUUUGAAGUUUUAAUGUGAUUUGCAGGUACUCUGGUAAAAAUCAUCAUCCCAUGCCCACAACUUAAUGAUGAACCAUCACCUGGAGUCGGGAAGGUUUGUUUGGUUUCCUGCUUACAUUUUGCUUCUUCCUGCUUUUGAAUCUUUACUAUGGGAUAGGAAAUCUACUGUUAUUUGGAGUCCUAGAUGUCAUGAAGUGUUCCUACUUUAAAAAAAAAAAGUUAUAAAAAAGAAAAGUGUUUCUACUUUUUUUCUUUUUCUAUUGACCAAAAUUUUAGAUAAGGGAGAAACCAUGGGCUGUUGUGAUCCGGUGUUAUGUGAACCUGUCAUGUUUGAAAUGGAAUUAACAUAUUUUAUCUGGACAAUUAAGAAGUUCCCAGUGAACGUUAUUAAUGUAUGGAAAGGUUGAGGAGGAACUUGGUUUGGCUUCUGUGGAUGCUGAUCCUGAUUAGGAUGAAGAGGCUGCAGCAUAAGCUUUUGUGGAAUUAUUGUUUUGGUGAUUGAGUUGGAUGUGUUUGUAACUUGAUCUAUAGCUGCAAAUGAUUCAAUUUGAUUAAUUUUGAGUUUGAUGGAUGAUGCUGAUUGGCAAUUUUAGUUUGGUGAUUGGCUCUGGAAACUUGAUUUGAAGCUGUUUUGAGCUGUGAAUAGGUGUAAAAGCUUCAAUAUAAUUAAAUGUCUAGUGAUAGUUUUUCUUCCCCUUUGUUGGGCUUAUAAUUUAUAAUACACAAUUCUUCUAGCUUGUUUGUUUUUGUUUUUGUUUUUUUUUUUUAAUGUUUUUACCUGCUUCUUGUUCCUAGGUUGAAGUUUUGUUUUGUCAAUGCUGAUGAGCUUCACAAUGCUCUGUUUGAUGUUAGUUGUAUUUUAUCUUCUCCCUGUCAAUACCUUUGCUUAUUUCUUCUCGUUACUUUUGUGCCUCCAGCUUUGCCAGGCAUUGUACGUCAACAUCUUGUUAUGUCAUUUUUGCAGCAUUAACAAGGUCUGUUUAGCAUGGCUGGGGAAAGAAGCUACUGUUCACUCUGGUACAAGGCAGCACUCUGUUGACAUCCUACAAUUUGCACAAGUAUCAUAGCAGUUAGUUUAGGAAACCGGUUUGAGGUAGUUUUGCUAUCCUUUGAAUAAUGGCAGUGUGUGGCUGUUGGAUGGAUGAUUGGAUAUGAUCGUGGGUGUUUGUUCGCACACACACCUAAGCAACUUGGAGGCUUGCUUGAGGUUGAUAGGACAUAUGUUGUGAGAAAGGGCUAAUGGAUCCUGGUUCAACAUGAAUAAAUUUAGGAUUACAAUUUAUUCCACCUUACCACAAUACUCUUAUAUGGCUAUCUGUAAGUGGUGGAAAAAAAAAUGUUUGUGAAAACUAUAGGUAGCCCGUAGCCACUUAGUCUACCACAUAGGAUAGUUGUGAGAAAUAGUGUGGUAAAAAUUUUGAUCCUAGAGUAACUCGUUCAGUACAGGUUUGACAUUGUGCUAAGUUCCCUGCCAUAUGGCUUGCCACCCAUGUUAUUGAGUGGUCUUAACUCAGUGGCUGAUGGCUUGGGCGACUUAAUGGGUUUUGCACUUGUUGCCAAUGGUUAGGAAAAUACUAAAUGUAGUACAAUUACCUAAAGCUCACAAAUUAAUGUCCAUAAUUGUGAUUGAUAUUAACUUUAA